ACGCCCAGGUCAAGCUGAAAGUGCCUAAGCGUCCUGGAGUAGGCGGUGCCCUUCCCGGCUUCACUCUCGCGAGAUUUGGAAACCGGAAGUUUCCUCCGGGAAUCCGAGCGCGGCGCCAGCACCUCGGUUAAUGUUGGCGGGAACCGAGGCAACUCUGUUCCUGGAAGUCGCUUUUGGGCUGCAAGUAGUCUAAGGCGUUGCGGGCGGCGCCAGGCGCCUGGGGCCGACAGGAUGCGGGUGGCCGUGGCCGGCUGUUGUCACGGCGAGCUGGACAAGAUCUACGAGACGCUGGCGGUGGCGGAGCGGCGCGGCCCGGGGCCCGUGGACCUCCUUCUGUGCUGCGGCGACUUCCAGGCUGUGCGCAACGAGGCCGACCUGCGCUGCAUGGCCGUGCCGCCCAAGUACCGCCACAUGCAGACCUUCUACAGGUAUUACUCUGGAGAGAAAAAGGCUCCAGUUCUCACAAUCUUCGUUGGGGGAAACCAUGAAGCCUCAAAUCAUUUGCAAGAGUUACCCUAUGGUGGCUGGGUGGCACCAAACAUUUAUUACUAGGUUUGUUUGGCUGGUGUGGUAAAAUACCGAGGAGUAAGAAUUGGUGGCAUCUCUGGCAUCUUUAAAUCUCAUGACUAUCGAAAAGGUCAUUUUGAGUGCCCUCCUUAUAAUUCAUCUACAAUAAGGAGUAUAUAUCAUGUGAGAAAUAUCGAAGUCUAUAAGUUAAAACAGCUGAAGCAGCCUAUAGAUAUAUUCUUAUCUCAUGAUUGGCCAAGAAGUAUAUAUCACUAUGGAAAUAAGAAGCAGCUCCUUAAGACCAAAUCUUUUUUCCGACAAGAAGUGGAGAAUAACACGUUAGGAAGUCCUGCUGCCUCGGAGCUUUUAGAGCACUUAAAGCCUACUUACUGGUUUUCUGCACACCUGCAUGUGAAAUUUGCAGCCUUGAUGCAGCAUCAGGACACGGAUACAGGACAGACAGCCAAAGCAACCAGAUUUUUAGCCUUGGACAAAUGCUUACCACAUAGAGACUUUCUUCAGGUAUUAGAAAUACAACAUGAUCCCGGUGCUCCUGAUUACUUGGAGUAUGACAUCGAAUGGCUUGCUGUUCUCCAGGCUACUAAUGACCUUAUUAAUGUCACUGGGAGCCUAUGGAACAUGCCUGAAAAUAAUGGCCUGCAUACAAGGUGGGAUUAUAGUGCAACAGAAGAAGCCAUGAAGGAAGUAAUGGAACAAAUGAAUCAUGACCUCAAAGUUCCUUAUAACUUCAGUGUAACAGCUGCUUGUUAUGACCCUAGCAAGCCACAGGCACAAGUGCAGCUGCUUCAUAGGAUCAAUCCUCAAACUACUGAAUUUUGUGCCCAACUUGGCAUCACAGACAUUAAUGUCCGGCUUCAGAAGGCCAAGGAAGAACACCACCUGUGUGGUGAGUCUGAAGAGGAGGAUGAUGUGGAGAGUAAUGACUCUGGAGAAGACCAGAGUGAGUAUAACACAGACACAUCUGCCCUGUCCUCUAUUAACCCAGAUGAAAUAAUGUUAGAUGAGGAGGAGGAAGAUAAUCUUGUAAGUAUGCACAGUGACGUGAAUACCCCGUCUGUAGAACCUUCUUCCGAUCAAGCUUCUGACUUUUCAACAAGCUUUUCUGAUGUCAGAAUCUUGCCAGGUUCCAUGAUUGUGUCUUCUGAUGAUAUAUCAAGUUCACCAGUUGGUAGAGAAGAAAAACUUGGUGAAGUUGUGGAAUUAGGGGAUGGGAAAGACUUAACUGAGGGGCCGUUGAAGAGGUUGAGUAAUGAACAUGAACCUGAACAGAGAAAGAAAAUUAAGAGGAGGAAUCAAGCCAUCUAUGCUGCAGAAAAUGAGGAGGAGGAGGAAACAUAAGACAGUUUACUUGCCUUAGUAUUAUAUGAGGAUACAUAAUUUUCGAGAACCUAUUUUUAAAGCUGGAUUUUUGAUUCAAGACUUGACUUUGUAAUAAUGAAGCUACAUAAGAGAAUUAUACUUGGAUAUCAAUUUGUCUUUCGGCUUUUGUACGUUUCAGAUACAAGCAUUAAAAUUUCAUACAUUAUUUGAUUGAUUACCUUGUUUUUGAAGACACAUUCAGUUCAAUGCAUUUUCAGCACUUACUGCACAUGUACUUUGUGUCAAACACUCUUCUGUAAAAUGGGACUAUGAAGAUGGAUGAGACAGGGAUUUUUACCUUCAAGGAGUUACUGUAAACUUUUGAUGUAUAAAAAAUGGCAUAUUUAUGCUUUGUGUUACAAAGUUAAAUCAUUGUGU